CGCGGCGCAGUCAGGCUCGGGUUGAGGCCGCGGCGAGUUACAUCGGUUUCCCGGCUGUCCGCGUCCGCCGCCGCUCAGGGCAGAACCAGAAUGUUCAGAAUGCUGAGUAGCAGCUUUGAGGAUGAUCCUUUCUUCUCUGAUUCUUUUCUUGCACACCGAGAAAGUAUGCAACAGAUGAUGAGAAGUUUUUCUGAACCUUUUGGAAGAGACUCGCUCAGUAUCUCUGAUGGUAGAGGGAGAGCUCAUAAGCAUACCAGACAUUACGAUGACGAGGAUUCCUUGACUGCACCAAGUUAUUCUCUCAUGCCUUUUGGCGAUUUGGGUAAUAUGCGUACAGAUGUCAACCCUUUUCAGGCAAUGGACCGAAUGAUGUUAAAUAUGCGAAACAGUAUACAGGAUUUACAAAGAAACUUUGAUCACCUUUCAAUGGAACCACAUGGACAUUCAUUUUGUUCUUCCUCUGUGAUGACUUAUUCCAAAGUGGGAGAUGAACCACCAAAGGUUUUCCAGGCCUCAACUCAAACACGUAGGGCUCCAGGAGGAAUAAAGGAAACCAGGAGAGCAAUGAGAGAUUCUGACAGCGGACUAGAAAAAAUGGCUGUUGGUCAUCAUAUCCACGACCGAGCUCAUGUCAUUAAAAAGUCAAAGAACAACAGGACUGGAGAUGAAGAGGUCAAUCAAGAAUUCAUCAACAUGAAUGAAAAUGAUGCUCAUGCUUUUGAUGAUGAGUGGCAAAGUGAGAUUUUGAAGUACAAACCAGGAGGACAGUACCGCCAUCUAGAAAACCCUAGAAUGCGGGGUGUCAGUCAUGACAAUUUAAGAUCUCGAGAACUUAAAAGAAGGGAGAAACUUCAUCAAAGUCCAGCCAUUGAAAGCGGAAGAAGAUCAAACGUUUUUGUGGACAAGCUUAACAUCAAAGGCUCGCCUGUGAAAAACAACAACAAAUAAAUAGCCAUGCAUUUCAUUUGUUUAGUUUUGGUUGUUUUAACAGAGAAAGCAAUGGUGCUCGGUGAUACACAUUAAGACCAAUGUCUUGUUGCUAAAUUAAUACCGUACUUUGCAACUUUCUUCUGAUAUCUGAAUGUUCAUGGAAGCACUAACUUUAUAUUAUCCCUACUUUAGGAAUAAAAUUUCGAUUUUCAACUAUGUGAGUAAAUGGUUAAUUAACCAUUCUAUAAAAUUCUUUACUUUAAAACAUACUAAUUUUUAAAGCUCACAUGCUUAUUUUACUUUCUCAAUUAUUUUUGUAUUGGCUAUAUGUUCUUUUAUACUUAAGAUUAUUUAUAAAGAAGUGAAUGUUAAAAAAAAGUCUGAACUUUUACUAACAUUAGAGUAAUGUUAAUGGUCAAAUGGUUAAUGGUUAAUUUAUUUCAAAUUUUAUAAUGUGUUAUAUAGCCAACUAGCUUAAAGCUUUAAAUAAAGCUUUUUCUUUAAUAAAGAAAAUGGUAUCAGUACCAUUUUAUGAGAAAUUAGUUAUUAUUUUGAUAAAGGGCAAGAAUAAUCAAGUAGUUCAAAGAAAAUGUUUUAAAUUGCUAAUAUAUGAGUUUUCUUGAUCUAGUUUCUUUAUACAGUAUGUUCUUUUUUGUUCUGUAUCACAUUGUUAACAUUCAUCAGACUUUAAAUAGACCUUUCUAUAACUUCGUAAGAGGGUAUAUUUUCACUUUACUCAUCCCCCAAAGAGCUUAAUCUAUCUCCAAGGUUAAGAUAACAUUCUAAAGUUGGAGAGUCCUUGGAGAAACUCUACUUAGCUUUUUUGCGACAUUUAGAAAAAUACAUUUAGUAUUCUGCAAACCAGAAAGAUUGAUUGUCUCAAAAUUUGUUUGACAGCUGAUGUGUGUUUUUGAGCAAGGUGCUUAUUCACUUGUUUCUGUUUUAAUUAUGUCAUCAAAAAAUUCAGCUUUACCUUUUUAAUUCUAGAAUUCAAGGAUUAAUCUGUUUUUCUAAAAAUUAGGUUUGAAUUUUAUAAUAAUAUAAAAUCUUAACACUUAUAGCUAUUGUUGAAGACAAUAUUUCUAUCAAGGAAAAAAACAGAAAAUCUACUAUCGGUCUGUAAUCCUAAAUAUUUUCCUUUUUAAGUUUAGAAGUAAAAUUACAUGACUAUUCUCUGAUUUUCUACAUUUUGCUAUUUUGUGUUAAUCAUUAAUGAGUCACUAAAAAUGCAAAUUUGUUCAUUUAUUUUUAUUACUGAUAUUAGUGAAGCAUGUAUUAAAAAUUUCUUGUGCGUACUUCCGUAUACUAUGAACAUACCACAUUAGAAAAUUGUCAUGAAUUUUAAAUGACACUUUUGCGUAAAUUAACUCGAUAGAGCAAAGUCUCAAUAAAGUUGACACUUCAUAAUUAUUCUACUUUUGCUUAAAUCAUUGUACUGAUGCUAACUUGAGUCAUUAAAUUUAAAUCUGAAAACAUACUUUAAUAUAUUAUUGUGCUUAAUAGCAUAACUUCUAUACAUCAUAUAUAUAUGGACCAGUUAGAGAAUUCACAGAUACCUUUUUCUUCAUUAUUUGUUUACCAGGGAAAUCAAAUAAAAAUUAAAAUAUGUAUUUCUUCUUAGAAUACAGUGCUUCCUUAUGGGACACUUAUAGAGAAUGUAACACAGAGACAUGAAGUGUCAUGGUAAACCUGCAUGUGACCUCAGCUCUGUAUGUAUGAGUUUUUCAUGGUCCUGCUUGGGCCCUUUUAAAAAAGCCAUGCCUAAGGGAAGUUGCUUUUAGAAAUAAGGACAACAAAAUCUGGAAUUCCAACACAUGCACACAAAUAAGACUUAAGGCUUGCUAAUAAUAAGAUUGAUUAUUAUGCUACAGGAACCUAAUUAUCUGGUUUUGUACAGAAAUCACUUUUGGCCUUUGACAUUUGAAACUAAUAUAAACUGAUCUUUCUAACUCAUUUCCUUUUUAGCAUUCACUCAUUUUUGUCUAGUGUAAAUCAUAUACUAAAUGUAAAAUGUUUCAUAAAACCUAUAAAAAUUAGUAAAAUUGUAUUCAAAUUAA